AUUUUUCGCACGCUUUUAUAUAUUUAUAUAUUUUCAUUUAAAACUUUCAUUUCCACAUUAUGAGCAAUCGGACUUCGAGGCGAGCCAAAUCGCCAGCCAUGCGCAACAAUUUCAGCGACAUUGGCGUAACCGGCAGAAAAACUGGCGUCCGCGCUGCUGGCGGAGUCACCGUUGACAACGACGGGCUCGAAAACGUAGUCGAAUUCUACAAUAAAACCUCGCCAACACAGCCCGCCAAACCAACACAGCCACAGCCACAGACGCUCCACGCACUCCUCAGCCCCACGCCUAUCCGCAGCAUCCCGGCGUAUGAUACGCUGAUGGGGGCCCUUGACAUGGGCACGCCCGAGCAGCGGCCUAUUCUCAGAGUCGAUGCGGAGGAGGACGAGGCCAUCCCGACGCCCCUGCAAACCCGAACAUUGAGAGCGCAACUUAUGAACGUUACUGAGAAAGAAACCACCAUUACCACCGCUGUGGCUGCGCCGGCGCCGGCGCCAGCUCCAGUGCUUGUGCUAUCGCAAGCCCCGGUUGCGACAACGGGUGCGAGUAGGAGAAUGACUAUGGUACAGAGCAAGGUGCAGAGAGAAUCGUGGGUCAAUUCGCCGGUCAAGAACAGGAGGGUCACUAUGGGCGUUACGCAGAAGAGAGCGGAUCCAGGCGAUGAGCUGAACUUUGGUCCCGAAGAUAGCACGGACGAGUUGAAUUUUGGACCAUUAGAGACACAGUCGAGAAAAAAGUUGAACGGAGCGAGUGCCACGGAGAAUAAGGCUGAUGAGAAUGACAAUGAAGAGGAGAGGUAUGUGCAUGUGGAGGACGCCGACCAGAAACUGAGUCCCGUAGAAUCUGCCGCCGACAAUGACAAUGAGGAGGAGGAGGAGCCGCAGUUCAACCUCAGUGAACCCGAACAAGAUGAUAACGAGGUGCCCGACCAGGAGCCCGAGCAGGAGAUGCCUGAGGAUGAGGUGAUCCCCGAUUCACAAGAGCCAGCUCCUGAAGUGUCUGAAGCAGAGCAGGAUCCCACUCUCGAAGACCAGUCGGGCGACCAAUCCGUCGACCACUCCGCAGAGCAGCCUCGGCGCCAGAAACAGAUAAAAGCCAAGUCAAUGUCUGCCGAGCAGCCCAUACGGCGCAGCACGCGCGCCACGAUUCAGCCCCUGGCGUACUGGCGCAACGAGCACGUCGAGUAUGAGUACAGCUCCGGCCCGUUACCCGGCGUCCCCGUGCCCAAGCUCAAAAACGUCGUGCGAGUGCGCCAAACUGCCGAAGAGAAAAAGUACGCCAAGAGGCGCCGCACUAAGCACUCCUUGCCAUCACUUCGUCAUAUUCCGCGCAGCGAGUUGGACCCCUCCGACCGCGGCCAAUUUUUCUAUUACGAUGAUGAGAACUACGGCUUCCCCGUCAAGGGCGAUUCGUCGGGGCGCUAUGGGCCUAGGUAUACAGAAAAGGCCAAGGCUAGGGGAUCGACGAAGCGCUCGCUGGAUGACAUGGACGACAACGACGAUAUCCCCGUGGACGAGCGGCCCAAGGUGGUCCUGAUGGGCGAUGGUGUGGAACGCACGCAGGAAAUAGCCAUUUCGCGCCAGUCCAUCGAGUGGUCCAACAUGGACACAGAGAAGGACAAGUACAAGGUUGGUAUGGGGUUGUUUGUUGAACAAUCAGAGGGCUCCGUGGAUGCCAGUUCGGGUGUCAUUUCCAUGGCCGUCGGCGGACAGAAACCCGCGAGAACUGCGGGCCCAAGGACGCUGUUUUACCUGGUCACUUCGGGACAGGUUGAGGUCCAGGUGCACGGGUCUGUGUUUCGUGUGGGAAUGCUGGGCCAGUUUAUGGUGCCCAGAAACAACACAUACUCUAUUAAGAAUGUCGGCACGCAUCCGGCUCAGCUCUAUUACGUGCAUGUCAGUCCACUGGAAUCUGUCACGGAGAAUGUACAGAGCGGUGGCAGUGCUGCUGCCGAGCAUAGCGACAGCGACAUUGAAUAAAUAAAAGUUUCCUUCACUCUUUGUACCAUUCUUUUUUUUAUCGCUUCUAUUUUCUCUUCUUUCGUGACAAUUUAACCUUGUCAAAAAUAUUUUAUACAAGAUAUUUUAAUUCCGAACAUUGUCUUGCCCUGAAGUGUGGGCUUGACUGCGUUAUGACUGGCGGAAUGUCCAAAACGGUUUUUUUAUACUUGGCUUAGCACCAAUGUACAUUGCUUAAAAUAAAC